AGGAAGUAUACUGUUAUUGCCGUUUUAGGGUGGAUUUCCCCAUCAACGCACCGUAACAACCAUGCCUUCAUGCGCUCCCAACAUCACAAUACGAGAGAGGGAGGAGAGAGAGCUGUUUACAUUGUGAACCAGUCCUCAGGUUUAUACUCAUCCAGCUGCACCACCGGGAGAACAGCUGUCUCGCUUCAGAGUCAGUUUUCAAAACCUUUAUCAAUUUACGCUUUACGCACGGUCAUGAUCUUGACGCACAGGUGAACUUCUUUAGUCUUAUCGCGCCUCGACCACAACUCAACAAGGAAAGUAUCGAAGAUUGAAAGAAAACCCCCAUCUCGUCUAUUUCUCCUCCUCGCCUCGUCUAUCUUAAUUGCUCGGAGGUGAACAGGUUAUUAGAGCCAUGUCCAGGAAGAAGGCAGUGAAAGGCAAGGGGAGCGCCAAGAGCCCCAAGGCGUCGCCGAGCAGCGGCAGAGACAGCGGGAGGACGGGGAAAGGUCUGGCCGCCGCUGCCGCUCCGUCCUCCGGACUGGUCUAUCCCAGCAGACCGUCCAUCAGCAACAGUGGAGAGUUUUAUGACAUCGCCUUCAAGGUGAUGCUGGUGGGGGAUUCAGGUGUGGGGAAGACCUGUCUGCUGGUUCGCUUCAAAGAUGGAGCUUUUCUAGCCGGGAGCUUCAUUUCCACUGUGGGCAUCGACUUCAGG